AUGUCCAGACCUGAUUCCGCGACAGGUCAUGCCCCGCCUGGCCUGCCGGUAACGCCUCCGACCUCAACCUCGACCACCCAGGAUGUUUUCUCGAACAGGGAAAGCCCCGAUGAUCGUGGCCCCAGCCCUAGCUUUGCGCACCUCGUCCAUCCCCGGCCCGAGUUUGAGCACGAGCGCCACCAGCGAAUCCCAAUGGACGGGAACACGUCGCAUACUAAUUCUCUUGUCAAUACCAAUCAUGGCAUAGCAGAUCCUCUCUCCGUUUUCCCUCUCGGACGGAGCACAACAACUUUACCUCCACCUCCAUCAGAUGUUGCUCUGAGAAGAUCUAGUACUACUCCCGCCGAGCACUUGCGGUCUUCUCGCGCUUUCUCAUCCAAGCACGCAGAGCCCUUUCGAUCGCAGACUCCCCAGCUUUCGGAGAGGGACAGCAUCUUCGCAACUCACUAUCUUCCGUCCGACAACAACGAUGCCGUCUCUUCCUCUCCUCCCUCGUCGCUUUCUGUUCAAGAGCAUCGUAAUGCUGACGAAGGGUCGAUAGGACUAACAAAGUCUGGUGACGCUCCUUCGUCCUUGACGGUGCCUGUGCCUCCAGCAUUGUCUGAAGGACGGCUUGGCUCCGCCAACAACGAUCAAACGCCUCGCACAUUUACAAAGGACAACGCAGCUACGUCACCGAGGAAGUAUAUAUCACGUCCAGCUGUCUUUCGUCGUGCCUCUGAUCUGCUGCUUCAAACUCCGCCCGUGCCAUUGACUGGCUCGCAUGUUGGCUGGGUCAAACAGCAAAAGACAGUAGAGAGUUCAAAGGUUGCUGGUACACAUCGUAUUGCCAUUCGAGAAACAUUCCACCCGUUGAGAAAGAUUGUAUCGGACGGCCCUGAUAUCGAGAAUCCCAUCUCACCUGACCACGAUCGUCCGUUCCUUGCUUCCUCCACCUCGGGCGAUUCUCGCUCUCAUAUUAGCGACCCGCCCAUGUUGCAUCCUCCCCUCACGAACCACGACAUUACACUAGCCGACUCAUGGCAAAAUGCACGACAUUUGAGAAGUAGAGACGGCACUGUCGAUGUUACUUGGGACGAAGAUGCCAGCCAGAAUUCAGGCCGCGGCCGUGGCGCCAGAGUGGAGGAAUCGAUUGAAGCUAACUUGACCAAUGCUGAGCCUGCUGCUAACGUGCGAAGCCGCAAGUCUAGUCAUUAUUUAGGGUUGUUCAAGGAGAAUACCACUUCGCCAGACCGCAAGAGACGCGAAGCCAGAGACCGACCUAUGGAACAUAAGCGAGUAUUUGACGAUUUUAGAGAAGAUACAUCUGGCGAGGAUCAGGCUUCUUCACUUACACCCCGCCCAAGCCAUGCAGUUCUACAUAAGCCACAGCAACAGAACGAGUAUGAACCCGAACGCGCCGAAUCAUAUGAAGACGGCUUUCCUCCACAAUCCGCACACAUCGAACGAGUAGCCAAUGCCGAUGUGGGACUGUCUCCUCAUCCUAUUCGAACUAUUCCUCGAAGUUUGUCGGAAGAAAUACGUAAUUUCCAUUUAACAUCUGGCGCUACGCGCGGCAGUUCCUUCUCUCCUAGUAUCCCAACUUUAUAUGCGGAAAAGCUUCGAAAUGAAGCCCGUGAGAAAGGUCGGCCUUUGUCGUCUGUCGAGGAUAGGCCCCCAUCUCGCGAGACCCAGACACCUGACAUCGCCCCGGAUGAAGAAGAGGACGAGCACAUUUCGUCUGCAUUAUACUUCCCUCAUGAAGUUGCUCCUGCUGAGGAAGAAGAGCCUUUCUCGAAAUACCGACAUGAGGAGGCAGCUUUUGAUCACCGCGGACGACCUGUCCGUGAUCAGCUGGAAACCGAGCCGAAUGGCCACGUUGAUAUAUCUUUACACUCAAAAACGGAUGAUAGUAUUCUGCAUGGUGAUUACCAACCGCAUAGCGACGCCGAAGAAAGAGCAUUUACGACACAGUCAGAAUACAGCCAGGAGACCACAUCGGAAUCGGAGGCUGAAAGUGCACUGUCCACUCUUGACGAGAUUUCGAGUCUUACGGACGAUGCAGAGCACAUAGCGGUGACACCCACCCAGUCUCAACGGCAAUCUCGCCAUCGCCGUAAGCAUACCAAAGGAGGACUCGUCGGCGCUGUGGAGUUAAAACCAUACCGGCACCAAGUAGGCGGACAUACCACCGUUUUUCGAUUUUCUAGGCGGGCAGUCUGCAAGCAACUUAACAACCGUGAAAAUGAAUUCUAUGAACGGAUAGAAAGGCGGCAUCCUGAAAUGCUUGUUUUCCUACCCAGGUAUAUUGGAGUCUUGAAUGUCACUUUUUCCAAGAAGUCUAAACAUUCAAAGAAACGCAGCAAUGGUGCUAUUAAAAAGGCCAAUGAAGAUGCUGUCUCGGAAGGACAACCUGCCGCACACAGUUUCAAGAAGGAAACUGUUAGCAGCCCUCCUAAAGCCGCGGAUCAGCCGAGAAUAUUCAGCCAGCAACAAACAACUGGCAUAAUUCCUAAAGUGACCCUUGAAAAUAACAGACAUAUUAUACCGUCUGACCUCUUCUUAUCCUCGCCGCCACGGAGCGUAGGUGAAGCAAAGCAUAUGGAUUAUUUGCCCACCGAUGACCCCUCCAGAUCAGCGGACGAUACGCCAAGAAAUUCCUUUGCAGAGAACCUCGAUCGACCGGUCAUGCCGCAAAUGGGAAAGCCCAAAAUCUGGGGCGCCACCACUGUAAACAGGAAGCUCAAAGAGCAGGUCCUCCGUGAAGUCUUCAGUCCCCCGCCAAUUCACCAUCACCGUCGAUUAGUACGUAAUCACCCUGGCUUACCUCGAUACCGUUCGGACACCGGUCGACUCAAUGGAGACGGCUCAGAGGAUCACCUAUCCAGCACAAAUACAAGUGGCGGAAAAUCGCCUUCUAGGAGUCUCGCGAUUGAUAUUGCGAAGAAAGGCGCCAAAGAUGGGCACAAUCUUUCUUCUUCCGUCUCAAGUGCAAUAGAAAGGCACUCAAACCCGUUGGAAAAGUUGAGAAGAUCCGAUACACCACCUCGAGCGAGCUCUCUAAGCAGUGACCGACGCGUUAGACGACGACAUUCAGGUAGCGGCUUGCUUAGGCGAGGAAGUAUUACGAGCGGUGCCGGCGACCUCAUGUUUUUUGAGGAUGAUGGCUAUGGAGGUGACCACGAGGAUGGCAUCUUUGCCAUGGAAGGCGAUACAUCCGAGCCUUCUCCAGCUGCGCCAGUUCCGCUCCGUACCAAUUCAAAUACCAGUCGAUCGCCCAACCAAGACUCUGCAAAGCUUGGAUCCCCUCUUCAAUUUGCAAGCCGUCCACCCGAGAUUGAACCUGAAGCGGUCCAUGUACCAACUAAUCCUAAAGAAGCGCAGACCCAACGAGACGACCGUGUUCAGUUCUUCAUUUUAUUGGAGGAUCUGACAGCUGGCAUGAAUAAACCAUGCGUUCUUGAUUUGAAAAUGGGAACACGGCAGUACGGAUUGUAUGCGGAUGAGAAGAAAAAGAAAUCUCAGCGACGAAAAUGCCAAACAACGACGUCGCAGCAGUUGGGUGUACGGCUGUGUGGUAUGCAAACGUGGAACGUCAAGAAGCAAGAGUAUCUUUUCCAAGAUAAGUAUUAUGGACGAGAUCUGUCUUCGGGUCGUGAGUUUCAGGACGCUUUGACGCGUUUCCUCUAUGACGGUGUUAGCUAUAGAAGUGUUGCUAGAAAGAUCCCGAGCAUUUUGCAGCAGCUCAGCACACUCGAAAGCAUGAUAAGAAAAUUACAUAGCUACCGUUUCUACGCCAGCAGUCUCCUGAUAUUGUACGAUGGUGAUCCAGCGGGCAAAGGACAGGGCGCUGGCGAAUCCAAGAAGGAUUCACAUUCGACCGACAAGCGACCUCGUAUGACUCGACGAGAGUCUGACGAUUGGCACAACGGCGAGGACGUGAAAUUGAAGAUUGUGGAUUUUGCCAAUUGCGUCACGGGUGAAGACGAACUUCCGCCAGAUGUAACUUGUCCGCCUCAUCAUCCCGGCGACGUGGAUCGCGGUUACCUCCGAGGUCUCCGGUCACUUCGGAUGUACUUUCAGCGAAUACUCAAAGAGGUAGGGCAAGAAGACGUUGUUGAGCGUGGUGAAGGUGAGGAUCUUGCUCCGGGCAACCGAAUCGCUAGUCGAGAGAACCCGGGAGAUGCAUUUUGGGUGGAGGAUGUUCUCGAGAGUGAUCCGGGCGAAGUCAGCGUUUAAUUAUUUUUCUUCCUUCUUUUUUUUUUCUUUUGAUAUGUAUUUUGAUACAUGAUACCCGAUGCGUGGUUCAUUUUCUGUUUUCUUAUCACCCCGCUUCGAUAGCUCCCAGAGUAGGUGGUUUAUUUUCUUUUCUUUUCAUUCCUACCAUCAUGACUGAUGACAUAUUCAUGUGACAUGCGCAUUGGGCGUAAGGAUUGGAGCUUUUUAUAUAUAUAGUAUGUUAUUUUUGUUUCUAUCUUCGUUAUCUUUUUUCUUGCCUGUUUUGUGAGUUUGGCAUUGGUCAUGGACGCAUGGUGUUUUGUUUUUUGUUUUGAUUUUAGAAUUAGGGAGAAGACUAUCUGUAACAAUGUAUUAGCGAGAUAAAUACUAUAUCUGGAACAAUAUUACAUUUCUUCGUACCU